AAACAGCACCAAGAGGUCAAGAAUAAUGGGCAACAAGCUACACCUACACCACCCCCCAUGGCAGAAUCAGAUUCCAAAAUUAACAUAGAACAAUUCCAAUAAACCAGCUCAGUCAUGAUUCCUUUUCAUUCUCAAAAAAUUCCCAUCAUUUGUCUUUUAACAUCAUCUUUUCUGCAUUGUUCAAACACCCAUUGUUGGAUUCCUUGCAGGCUUCAUGACAGAAAGGUUUUGCUGCAUGGUAAUGAAGAUCAACAUUGACUGCAACGGGUGUUACAGAAAAGUAAGAAGAGCCCUUCUUGAUAUCCAAGAGUUGGAUACGCAUUUGAUAGAGAAGAAGCAGUGCAGGGUAAGCGUUUGUGGCAGGUUUAUCCCUCAAGACAUCGCCAUCAAAAUAAGGAAGAAGACCAACCGCAGGGUGGAGAUACUGGAAAUACAGGAAUUCAACAUCGACAAUGAACAGAUCAGUCAUGAAGAGAAGGCAUUGAUCAGUUCCUGGAAUCUCGAAUCCAACCAAACCCAUGUCGCAACCUGUGUAACAUGUACAUGAAUUUCUACACAUAUAUAUAGAAAUUAAGAUGAUAUGCUAGCUGCAUCAAGUGAAUAUAUGUAAAACCCUUAUUUGUCAACUGUAUAGAGCUGUAACUAUACCUGGUUAUCAUCAUCAUCUUUUUUUUUUCUUGGGUGGGGGAAGGGGAAAGGGAAAGCGGGGUUGAUGGUAUAAGAAGGAGCUGAUCAAUUUCAACUUGAUUAAGGCCUAAGAAGGAAAAAGAAGUACCAAAUUUGAUCGGGAGAGGUCAGCUCUGUCAUUGUUCUUCAGGUUUUCUAGAUUGGAAAGGAAGACCCUUCAAAUACGUUAAUACAUGUGCUUGAUUAAUAUGACAUUUUGUUCUGCACUUACAUACGAGGAAGUCUUAGAGAGUGUUCUAUUAAGCAUUUACAUUUUAUUAAUAAUUCUAAUAAUAAUAAUAACUUUUCAAUAUAUUUAUA